AUGAGGCGAAAACGAGAAGUCAUCUACGACUUCAAACUCGGUGAGGCUUCAGUGGAUGACAACUCAGAUGAUGAGGUCUUGGAUGUUGCGACUCCGCCCACCUUGGGGUCGGAUGAUCUCUUCACAGAUGAGUCCCGAACUCUGAUGCUGCAACACCUCUUGCAGAAAGGUUUUUGCCUCGUAGGUCUUGGCGGAACACAUCAACAGAUGGUGGAUGCUGCUCGCUUGGAUGCAUUGAAACUUCUCCAGGAAAACGAGGGAAACAACUUCACUGCACCACCCUUCAUGGUGGGAGAUGGUCUCCUAGGCGAGGAAGGCUCUGCGGAAAUCAUGCAGAUGGAAGGCUUCAACUUCACGGCUCAACAGAAGCCGGGCUUGGGAUCAGCAGAUGCCUUCCUGACCCAGAUCUUCACAGCAGUGAGCCCAUUAGAAACGAUGUUGGAAUGCCGUUUGAGUAGUCGAUCCAGCUGCAUCCUGCACAAGGCAGGCAUCCCAAAGGAUAGUGAUGUGCCAGAGUUGACCCCCAAGGAAUGUCACAAAUGGCUGGGAGUCUUUGGACACAGCAGGUUGAUGUUAGUGCUCUUCUUAGGCCCAGGUUACGGGCGAAUGGAGUUCCAACCGCUGGACGUAGAUGUGGACUCCAUCGAGUUGGAUGUGGGCCCCGGGACCUUGCUACUGCUGAGGGCCGAUGGCUUGACGCAUCGCUUCUUUUCCACAGCACGGUCCUUGGCAUUGAGCUGUUUCCUAAUGGAAGAUGCGAGUCAAACCUGGAGAAGGCGAUUUGGAACGCCUUUGUUGGUGACCCCCGUGUGUCGUGACUUGAUGGAUUGGGCCAAAGAACGCUGGGAACAUUCACGACGGAGUCAGCCCAUUGGCGAGGAUGGGCAGGAAUUGGAUCCCAACAUGCCCCGACAAUGGCAGAAGAUGUCCUCGCAGGUCUUUCAGCUUGGACCACAGGUGGCCGUGCGUGGCACCUCCUGUAAGAUGCCUGCGUCCUACAGUGAUGCUGGAUUCUGGUGUGGUGCUGAGGCGGGUUGUGACCUCAUAGAAGAAGUGCCGCUCUGCCGCUGGGAUCAUUCCAACUUUUAUGACAAAGAUGUUGAGAGCUACCAAUGGGCUAAAACCAGUUGCCUACACGGAUCCUUUAUUGAUGGCAUCGAGCUCUUUGACAACAAGUUUUUUGGCAUUUCGCCUGUGGAAUCUAGGGGUAUGGACCCCAUGCAACGGCACAUUCUGGAGACAUCCUACGAAGCGCUCUACUUCAGUGGUUUUCAGAAGAAGAGCUUGAUGAGGUCGUUGAUUGGAGUUUAUAUUGGUGCCGCCACCUCAGAGUUUGCCUUUGCCCCUCAGGACGACUGUUCCAUGUCAGGAACUGGAGGGGCCAACAGUAUCACCUCAAAUCGCAUCUCCUUCUGCUUGGGUUUGCAAGGCCCGAGCUUCACAGUUGAUGCUCAGGGUGCAGCCGCCUUGGCUGCACUGACCAACGGAGCUAUGAGCCUCCGCUUUCAGACGGAUUUGUACAAACCCAACCAUGCGGCUUUGGUGGGUGGGGUGUAUCUCAUGCUCACUGGAUCCACUUGGAUCUUAUUGAGUGCCAAGGGUCAUCUUUCACCUCAAGGUAGAUGUCUCAGCUUCGAUCAAUCCGCAGAUGGCUAUGUGAAGAGUGAAGGCGUGGCCAACCUUGUUCUGACCCUCCUGAGUGAGUCAGACGACUCAGAUGAGGUGGAAACCAAGGGCAUCAUUGCUGCCACCCAUGCGAACCACACCGGGCGUGGGGCUUCGCUCACUGCACCCUGUGGUCCGCAGCAGGGGGAGCUCGUUCAGCAGGCUUUGAGGCAAGCAGCCAUUGCACCUGCCACUGUGGAUGCAGUGGAAUGCUUCAGCCAUGGACGUUUCAUGCAGGAUGCAGUCGAAGCGGAGGUGGCGAAGCGCACCCUGCGCGGCUAUGACAGUCACGAGCUGCCCUUGGCGCUGUCGUCGGGCUUCACGCAGUCGGGGAUGAGUUUGGAAGCUGCAGGGAUGGCACAGAUCCUGAAAGUUCUAGUUACCCAGAAGUAUGGCACAAUUCUUUCAUCCCUGCACUUGCAACAACUCAAUCCUCACAUCGAAGAACCUUCAGAUCAAGAAUGUGUCCUUUUCGCCAGUGAGCAUUUGCAACUGGAAGGGCUCAGUUCCUACCACGGCAUGACCGGUCAAAGCCUGGGCGGUACGAUGUGUCACGUCAUCACCUUGGGCAAUGUGCAGGUGGAGAGUGAGAAGGUUCCCGCUGUGGAAGAAGGCGGACAAGCCGGGCAAAGUACAGACUACGUGACCACACGUGAGGUUGGGCUCCUGGGAGGCUCGUCGCAGUCCCAGUUCCAUUCGGUGCUGGUAGCUGGCUGCAGUCCUCUCGCCUUCGAAAUGCUUGCAAUUCUCCUGGCUGUGCUAGUUGUGCAAGGAGCGAAGUAUGAAAUUGUAACAGGCACAGAACAUGGCCCAGACCUUUUCUAUCCUUUCAAAACUGAUUCAGGAGCUGCUGAUCAAGUUCUGACCAGUGCCAAAGUUACAACAUUGAGUUGGGGCAAACCCACUCGCACGGCUGCUGUAAAGCAAUCGCUUGAGGAUGCCUUUCCGCAACAUGUUUAUCCAGACGGAUUUUGGAGCAACUUCAGCUACACUCAUAGCCCUUUGCAGCAGAUCACGGCCAAGAGCCUCGCGGACUGGGUGAAGACAGAGUUGCUCGGAGGUCCCUCACCGUUUUCGGAAACGGAUGCCGCGGAUGCGACGAAUGCGACGGAUGGGCAGGUCCCAGUUCCUUUGAAGCAAGAUAACACACCUGGACUCGAUGAAAUGCAGUAUGUUGGCUAUACCAGACGGCAACUCUGUUACAUUGUGGCCAAGAUCCUCAUAGGCAGUGAUACUCUGAAGUUCCAGAAUGGUUUGAAAGCCUUCCUGGAUAGAGAAGGACCCAAGGGCUGCAUCCCACGAGCAGAUGGCUUCGGCCGGUCCUUCUGGACGUUGCUGGCCUCAUGCUAUGCGGACCCCAACUUGGUGGCCGGCCAAGGUCCGUUGAUUGUGAUCUCGAAAGGGUCACAGCAGGUUGUCAGCGCAGAACUGUUGCAGGGCGCCAGCCUGGGCUACAAACUGAGUGCUGCCAAGUUGAAGAUUUGCCGCUACGAUGAUGGUUCAGAGGGAUCUCCCUUGCCAGGCGUGGCGAUGGUGAAUUCCUCCCGCUGCGGAGCCGGCUCCGGUGUCGGCGACUUCAUGUCGGCCGUGACCAGCGCAGCGGGACAGGCCAUGCAGGUUAUGACGCAGGGCUUUUUGGGCGGCCGACUGCUUGGGAAGUGCAACGUUGGAGGUGGACAGAGUGAACAUAUGGCCUUCGUCAUGCCAGAAGUUGCGGCUCUGUCCCUCUUCUUGUCAGAUGCCAACAGCAGAGAGCCGCAGAUCCAUACACCUGUUUGGGUGGUGGGUGCCCGACCACUCUUCGACAUGGGAGCCACCAUUUGGUCGACCCCCAGGCCCUUCCAAGCGCUGCUUUUCAGCAGUGAUCUGGUGAAGCUGCAGCUUGGAAAGCGGACCAUCCAGGUGAGUAACGCCAAGCCGGUGGUAGCUUUUGCAGCUGAGACGGAGGAGAAAUUUGGAGAUCUGCUCUCAAGAGAAGAAGUGAAAUUGGCCCGCACCAAUCGGUUGGGAAAGCAAAGAGACAGCAGUAAAGACGGGAUGCUCUCCUUCGGGCACAAAGUUCUGAUGUAUUAUCGAGGUAUGUCCCUUGCACCUUUGUUGAAAAAAGUGGUGAAAUCCGUGGGUGUUGGACCAUGGGGAGCUGGGCUGUCCUUCGGUGACUCCACUCUGGGAUUCCUGGCCAUGUGGAUUGGACAUGCCGCAGCAGCAGGAACUUGGGAAGAAGAGAUUCCUGACCUUGAGUACUACAUCUACUCAUCCUUUGUGGAAAACCCAAGCAACCAAUGUUUGGUCCACAGCAACCGCAAUUGCCAGAAAUGCAUCUCCAAAUGCAAUCAGAAGCACUCAACGAAGACAUAUUGGCUUCCGCACAAGGCCUUCCUGUUGGGGGACAACAAUCCUUGCCUCACAGGGGAGUGGCACGAGUGCGGCAUGCAUGGCAUUGAGCAUGUGCACUGGAACUGGCGAGACGCAUCGGCAGGGCAUUUAUGGCAGGACGUUGUGUAUAUGAUAUGGAAGAACCGAAUGAAGUCGGACAGAAGUAUCUUUGAUGAGUUGAUGGAAUUUACAGUGAGCAGAGCUACAGAAAAGCUCAGUCCUGUUUUUCCAAAGGCGGAGGUUUAUUCUUAG